GGUGAGUGAAUCACACGGGUAUACGCUCACAACAGCGAUUGUGUGUUUGGAAUGUACUGCUGCCUUUUGUGGAGGGCUUCUGUUGCUGCUGACUCUGUCAGAUUGUGUACCGAGUGGCUGUGUGGAGUGUGAGAGUGCUACCGGAGUGUCAGUCUGGAGUGUUACUGGGCCCGUCCACAGCUCGCCAAGCAGUACGUCAGGGCAUGUCAAGUGUUGACCACAAGUUGUCCACAAACAUGGAGCCCUCAGUAGUGAAAGGAAGGCGGAGUCAAUAUUCCAGUAGAUAUUAUGAGUGGGGCAACAGAAGCAACAGAUGCCCUUGAUGUGGUCACCAAGGAUACCACUCACAGGCUGUCUGAAGACGAUGGCAGCCAACCACCAAGGAAUUUCACAUGAAGCCUGUGAAACUUGUUCAGGAAAGAUUAUCUACAUAAAUAUCAAAAGCUGAUAAGAAGUACCCCAUCUGUGGUAACCCACUAUUUCUCCAGUCUCCAUAGCAACAAAUAUACUCAUCAUCUUCAUAGCAACAGAUCUACAGAUUUCGUGGCCAUAGCAAACAGAACUGCAAAAAAGUUUCAGAAGCUACAGAUCUUCAACUGUGGUUGUGUACCAAUUAGAUGAUUAUAAUAUAGAACCCAUGCUCCCCAUGACCCCAUCACAAGUUUGAAAGAACUUAUUGUACAGAACGUAACCUGAUUAUUUAGGUUAUUACCUCAAACAUUCCAGUACUGUCUACAUCCUAUAUUCCAUGUAAGGAAAUAUUGACACAUCAUAUUACAUAUCAACGAUUACAUACCAGAAUAUUGUCAGGGGUUCAUGCCAAACUGUUGUGAUCCCAAAAUAAUAUUUCCAUACUUUUACACCUUAAUCAUUCCAUACAGAAACUUCACACCCUCAAGCCAAGAAGUUUCUCGAAUCCUUUCUUUUUUUCAUUUUUACAAGUAUGUGUUAAUUUUUCAUGAUUCCGUGAAGCAGAAGAGUUCACAUAACAGUUGUCAUUGAUUACCUCGUUUCAGCAAAUUAACUGCACUCACCUGUCAGAUCUGCUUGACAGAUUACUACUUCCAAGCAAAGUUCAUUAAUCUUUUGAUGGGAGAGUAAUUAAUCUGUUGCUGAUACUCAGAACAAUAGGGCUGCCCUUGUCGAGGGUCGGUGUAAUUCAACCGACGAGAUCAUCAUUCUUGGAUUGUUUAAUAGGACCAUCAGCAAGGUGUUGUGUGGAUCAAGUUAGAGACUUACGUUUGUGAUUGAAGGCUCCUGUUUUACGACAGUGUUCAUGGGACACAGCUGACGGUCCUGAUACUGAUGGUUGACAACUGUUUUCAAGGGUUGCUGUGAGCGUUGAUCUUGGUUUGUGAUGAUAGAAGCUUUGUUGACUUUGUGAUAAAAAUGUGAUAAAAACACGCCAUAUCACUGACUCAAUUAUUGAACAAGCUCUUAUAUCCGGCAGAUAUUAUCCGAGUGCGUGUUUCAUUUCCUUGGAGAAAUUUGACGUCUGCCCAUAUCAAGAUUUGAUGUAUAUUGGUGUGUGAUUGGCACGUUAAAUCAACAUUGCCAGCACGGAUCAAACUUCAGGUGAAUGAAUGUGGAUGAAUUAAUCGUAACCUAGGCAACAUGCUUCAAUCAGAGUUGGCUGUUUAGACAGUGAGAUUACCGUCACAUAUGAAACAAUGGCACCAAUUCAUUUAUGAGAGAACUCAACAAUACCAUGUGGAGUACUGCUGUGAGGAUUAUAUAUGAAGCCAGAAAUGGGUGCUAAAACAAGAUAGUGGUUCAUUGUGUUCCAUAUGGAUUAUAUUGACAGCAGUGUAAGUGACAAAUUCGCAGGAGAUUGGUUUCGAUUUAUUGAAUAUAUUUAUCUGACAGUGUAAUUAAUGUGACCCCAUGGUGCAUCUGUGACUUGAUUUGUUGGCAUCGUGGAGUGUCAUUGUCAGACGCCUGUCUUGGAGUUAGAAACAGUACAACGCUGUACAGAAGGCAGCCAGAUGGUGAUCAGCUUACAGUGCUGUCAGACGAGAUAUACCAUGAAGAUAGUUAUCUCCCUUCAUUCAAGUCGUCUAUUUUCUGGGGCGUUGUGACAGCUGGCGUUGUCAUGAAGUCAUCACUUGUUCUGGUGGCGCUGGUGUCGGCAGUAUUCUGCCGUUGUUUCAACAAACAACCAGAGUACUUCCAGCACCGGUCCCUGUAUCACAAUGAGAAGAAUCUGUCCAUCAUUCUGGAGGGCAGCAACAGGUUCACCCACAUGGUCGCCAACGGCAUCCUCAAGAUCCUUCUGGAGGAGACGAUAGGCUACUCUGUGAAGGUCAACAACCAGAACUCCAUCAAUGCCACACAGAUACUCAACAGAAUCUUCGGAUGCCCAAUUCGUCAACAGUGCAGCUUGCAGCAGAUUAGCAAGGACUCUAUUCCGGAGACCAUGGUAAACCUGGAGGUGUGGAUGCCAGCUGGGUUUAAUGAGGCGCCAUGGAUGAAUACUGGACAGGUGUUGGACUGUGGGCCGUUUGGGCCAUCAGGGAGGAGGUUGGGUUGGUUCAUAGAUACACACACUGUACAAGAGUUCUGGAAGAAUGGUACCAUCAUUGACCACUGGAGGGCGCUGCAGCUCCCAAUGGUUGUCAAUACAUUCCACUGGAUGGACAAGUUAAAUACAUCAAAAUAUAUAAAUAUAGACCCUAAGAAAAUAUUUUAUGGUCCUCGCUGUCGAGGAAAAGGAGCAGGUCGUAUCAAGUGUGCCACGAUGUUUUCUAGUUAUCAAGAUUUAGCUGCUGAGGUUAUAAAAGAACAAGUGAAGAGACUAAAUUUGUUGGUGGAUAUAGUGUGGUUAGAAGGAAAUCUCAAUAAUUUUGUAAAAGAACAGUCCGACAAGAAAGCCCCACUGUUGCUAUUUAGUUGGCACCCCAGUGUCAUCCUAGCUUGUAAUAAUUUCACACGAAUUAAAUUACCUCUGUGCAAAAGUGAUGCUUUAAAUUUACCGUAUGAUUGUGACUUUGAUGUAAAUCAACUUAAUAAGGUUGUAUGGCAUAAAAUCAAAAGCAAUGCUCCUAAAGCUUAUGAUCUAAUAUCGAAAAUGACAUUUUCACAAGACGAUUAUGAUCACAUCUUACAAUUACAUAACCAAAACGUGACUGCAACAGCAGAUGAUAUAGCAUGUAGAUGGAUUCACCAUCAUAAUUCCACAUGGAAGGCAUGGAUGCCGAAGGAUUUGUCCAAUAAAACCAAAAUCUAUCUCGGAGGACUGUUCCCCAUAUCUGGAGAGCUCUGGACGGCGCCAGGUCUAGUGGAAGGAGGUCGGUUAGCUAUAGAAAUGGUCAACAGAGACCCCAGAAUUCUACCAGAACACCAGCUGGAGAUGCUUGUGAGUGACACCCGGUGUGUUGCGGACGAGGCCAUGAGGGCUUUCAUCAAAUUCAUCACCGAGAAGACACCAACUUCACCGAUGGCAGGAAUAUUAGGUCCCGGGUGUUCGGACACAGCAGUACCCAUCGCUGCUCUCUCCAAACACUUUAACAUGGUGUUGGUGAGCUACGGUGCUGAGGCUUCCUCGCUCACUGACAGAAGCAAAUACCCAUACUUUUUCCGUACCAUCCCACAGAUCAACUACCACAGGUUUCUUUAUGGGAAGCUGUUCAAGCAGAUGGGUUGGGAAAACGUAGGAGCACUGGCCGAGAGUGGCCAGGAGUUCCCUGACUACCACAUACAGCUCCAGUCCUACCUCCAGAAGAAGGGCAUCUCUGUCAUAGCCAAGCGUCAAAUUGUCCGUAGCGGCAGCAACAUUGACGUCUCCCAGAUAUUUGCUGAAUUGCGUAAUCGUAAUGUGAGGAUCAUCAUAGCCGACUUUUACGACUCUGCUGCACGGGCCGUCAUGUGCGAGGCGUACAGACAGAAAAUGACAGCCUACGAGGGUUACGUAUGGUUCUUGCCAGCCUGGUACCCUGCCCUUUGGUGGGAUGUGGACUACUACAACGGAGAACCCAAUCACAACGAGCCCGAUCUGCAAGAGAAUGUCCCAUGUAAUCGCAAACAGAUGGAGACAGCCAUUGAGGGUCAUUUCAUUCUGUCCAAGGCGUACCCAGAGUCUGACGAUAUGAAAGAAAGCAAGGUGGCUGGAGGAAUCACUGUCCGCCAAUACCAGGAAAUGUACCAGAACCGAGUAGAUAAGGCUGAUGUAGAAGAGACCCCAUUUGCCAGCUUCGUGUAUGAUGCCGUGUGGGUGUUUGCCCAUGGGCUGGACCGGCUCUUUCGAACCCAGCCCAGUGCUAUCAGCACCCUGCAUGAGAAGGCUACCACACUGAAGCUAAUGGAAGCUCUGAAUGAAACAAGCUUCCAAGGAGUGUCUGGGCUGAUCAAGUUUAAUGGAAGUGAUCGCCUGGGGAACGUGACUCUGCUGCAGUUCUUCAACAACGGGACAAAGGUGGUAGGCCAUUACAAUCCCCAGCAGUUGGAAGAGGGUGGUGUGCUGGAUAUUUACAAGGACAAGAUAAGAUGGCUGACCAGGGACCGCCGCCAGCCGACUGACGGACACACUGUUCCAUCUGAAGAUUGUGCCAUUGAGCGUUUUCGGUCCGUCCUAGGCGUGACAUCGUGUGAGAUGGCAAUCAUAAUCGCUAACGUCAUGGGCUUUGUUGGCUUCAUCAUCAUCACCAUUAUCAGCCUCAUCAUCAUCAAGUGCAGAUACGAUGCAAAGGUUCGUGCAACACAUGAGCGCAUGAAGGAGCUUGGACUACUUUCACCAGACUACUCGCACUGUCUCUCACUUGAUGACUGGGAGAUUCCUAAAGAAAAUGUAGUUCUUAAUCGUAAACUCGGUGAGGGUGCCUUUGGAACAGUUUAUGGAGGUGAAGCUGUCAUUGAUGGGACUCAGUGGGUGUCUGUAGCUGUCAAAACUUUAAAAGUUGGAGCUAUGGUGGAACAAAAGCUUGAUUUCUUCAGUGAGGCUGAUGUGAUGAAGAGGUUUGGCCACGACAACAUCGUGCAGCUCCUGGCUGUGUGUACCCGUGGAGAGCCCAUGUAUGCCGUCAUGGAGUACCUAUUGCAUGGUGACCUGAAGACGUACCUGUUGUCUCGACGCAACCUGGUGGGUCAAGAUACACCUGAGGGGGAAGACGUCAGUCCCCUCAGUCUCACCAGAAUGGCGAGAGACGUAGCCAGUGGUCUUCAGUAUCUCCAUGAUCUCAAGUAUGUCCACAGGGAUCUUGCCUGUAGGAACUGUUUAGUUCAUGUCAACAAGACCGUGAAAAUCUCAGAUUUCGGAAUGACAAGGCACACAUUUGAUUCAGAUUACUAUCGCUUUACUCGGAAAGGUAUGCUUCCAGUACGCUGGAUGUCUCCGGAGAGUCUAGUAGACGGUAUCUUCACAUCCAAGUCGGAUGUGUGGAGUUUCGGUGUGCUCAUGUAUGAGAUUGCCACGUUUGGCAGCUUCCCGUAUCAAGGAUAUUCCAACAGCCAGGUGCUGGACUAUGUUAAAGUCGGCAACAGACUUGCCGUCCCAGACAAAUGCCCAGAAGAUCUGACUUUAUUCAUCUACGAAUGUAUGUCAUACCAACCUAAGUCUCGACCAGAUAUCACCUCCAUCAUCAACCAUCUUGAAAAUUACCCAGAAUUCCUGGUUCCAUGUUUAGAUGCACCAAUGAGAAGUGUCAUUAUGGAGGACACAAACUCACUAGAGUUGGCAAUGCCGUCGGUUCAGAAUACCAUCACCAAUUCCACACCCGUAUCAUUCCUUCACAGAAGAUCUACUGCUUCACAAGAAAAGUUAUCUCCCCUUCGCAAAACUCACACCAGCCAAGGAUUUAAGUUCACACCACUUCGACACUCAAAAACGUAUUUAUCAGCAGCGGAGAAAAAACUGAGGCGAAACAGUGUUGGUACUCCGCAAGCACUUCAUCGUGAGACGAUAUCGCUGGUGGCAAAUGUUGACUCCCCUCUUCUCCGAACUAAUUCUUUUCAGCGCCAUCUGCCAUCAGUGACAUGUAGUGAGAGAGGCGAGAAGGACAACAGUAGUGACUAUUUCAGUGAUACAUCCAAAGAGUUAUAUCAAACCAUCACGUCAGUUUGACGUUUAAACACUCAAGGGUUCCCGGUAGACUAUCAUUCAGUCUGAUGUUUUAAUGACUGAGAAACCGCCUGUCAGACUGACAUUUAUGUCAAGGAAUCUCUGCCAAACCAUCAUUUCAUGUUCAAGACAUUCACAGAAAUCUUCCGGAAUAUCCUUCAGUCAAAGAGCUGUGUGAGUUCAAGGAACUCUGCUAGACAAUCUGUCAGUCGGAUGGUGAAAUGUUCAAGGAACUCUGUAGACUGUCCAUCAGACGGUGAAAUGCUCAGUGAACUGAGACUGUCAGUCGGAUAGUGAAAUGUUCGAGGAGCUCUGUAGACUGUCAGUUUGAUAGUGAAAUGUUCAAGGAACUGAGACUGU